GCCCACGUUCAGCUGCCUCCUGGGUCCCGUCACAUCCUUCUUGCUCAACCACGGGGUGCACAGGAUGGAAACUGUUCUCCCUCUUUGGAAGAUAGCGCGAGGCUUGCCUUUAGAGAGUUGUGGCUGGAGACCAAAGCAGUAGCCUUUCUGAAUCAAGGCUCUGCUGGGGGAAAGGAGAGUACUCUAAUGCCCUGAAGGCACAGGGAGAUGGAAGGACGACUGGUAAGCCGAGCUGUAGGCCGAGCUCUCAGGCGCUUCAGAAAUCCACUGCCUCGACUCCGAGCAGGAUCUCCCCAGGACAGUCUAGGGGAAGCUGUAAAGGAACCAGAAAGGACUCAAGAGCACUCUCUGCCCAGCUUUGCUGGGGGACAACAUUUCUUUGAAUACCUUCUGGUGGUUUCUCUUAAAAAAAAGCGCUCAGGAAAUGACUAUGAACCCACGAUCACCUACCAAUUUCCCAAGCGGGAGAACCUGCUUCGGGGCCAGCAGGAGGAGGAGGAGCGGCUUCUCAAAGCCAUUCCCUUGUUCUGCUUCCCAGAUGGAAAUGAGUGGGCACCACUCACCGAAUAUCCCAGGGAGACCUUCUCCUUUGUCCUGACCAAUGUGGAUGGCAGCAGGAAGAUUGGAUACUGCAGGCGCCUCUUGCCCGCUGGCCCCGGCCCUCGCCUUCCCAAAGUGUACUGCAUCAUCAGCUGCAUCGGUUGCUUUGGCUUGUUCUCCAAGAUUCUAGAUGAAGUGGAAAAGAGGCAUCAGAUCUCCAUGGCUGUCAUCUACCCAUUCAUGCAGGGCCUCCGAGAGGCAGCCUUCCCUGCCCCUGGGAAAACUGUCACCCUCAAGAGCUUUAUCCCUGACUCUGGCACAGAGUUCAUCUCACUGACACGGCCCCUGGACUCCCACCUCGAACACGUGGACUUUAGUUCUCUGUUGCACUGCCUCCGUUUUGAACAGAUUAUUCAGAUCUUUGCCUCUGCAGUACUGGAGAGAAAAAUCAUCUUCCUGGCAGAAGGUCUCAGUACCCUGUCUCAGUGCAUCCAUGCUGCUGCUGCGCUGCUCUACCCCUUCAGCUGGGCUCACACCUACAUCCCUGUUGUGCCCGAGAGUCUCCUGGCCACCGUCUGCUGCCCCACACCCUUCAUGGUUGGAGUACAAAUGCGCUUUCAGCAGGAGGUUAUGGACAGCCCCAUGGAAGAGGUUCUGCUGGUGAAUCUUUGUGAAGGAACCUUCUUAUUGUCGGUUGGAGAUGAAAAAGACAUCCUGCCACCAAAGCUUCAAGAUGACAUCUUAGACUCUCUUGGUCAGGGCAUCAGUGAGUUAAAGACUUCAGAACAAAUCAACGAGCAUGUUUCAGGUCCUUUUGUGCAGUUCUUUGUCAAGACUGUGGGUCACUAUGCUUCCUAUAUCAAACGGGAGACAAAUGGGCAAGGCCAUUUCCAAGAACGGUCCUUCUGUAAGGCUCUAACCUCCAAGGCCAACCGCCGAUUUGUGAAGAAGUUUGUGAAGACGCAGCUCUUCUCCCUUUUCAUCCAGGAGGCUGAGAAGAGCAAGAAUCCUCCUGCAGGCUAUUUUCAACAGAAAAUACUUGAAUAUGAGGAACAGAAGAAACAGAAGAAAUCAAGGGAAAAAACUGUGAAAUAAGAGCUGUGGUGAACAGGAGUGACUUGACCUACAGGCCAGUUCUGGACUUUGGCCCCUGCCAGAGUGGUGGGGCUCAGCGAAGCUCAGCCCCCAGAACCCAUGGCCUUCUCCAGAGUCCUGGUGACUAGGUCUUGCUUCAUACUGGUAUCUGAGUUUGGGAUCCCAGGUAUGAGCUUUCUUGGCACUUUGAGGGCUCUGACCCCAAGCUCACAGAAUUGGACUCAAAGCUGCCUUUUUUGUGGAGGUGAUACAGAGUGGGAAACUGUAGUACACAUGUUGUAGGUGCUUGGUUAGAAGGUUGAUGCAACUGAUGCCUCCUGGGAACCACUACUACAAGAUCCUGGACACAGUUGAAAGAAGUUCGUGGCCCAAAGGUUCAGCUCUUCCACAUGAGGAUAAUAAAGGUGAAAAUCUCAUUGUUUACAUGUGUGUCAAUAUGUAAGGUAAUAUAUGUGAGAAUAAACUGGAUUAGAAGUGGAGGACUUGGUCAUGGUGGGCUGUGAUUAGAGUCACAGAAUCCCAGGGGUCAGCAGUAUUCCACUUACUAAAACGGUAAGAGAUCCAGGUAGAAAGCAGCAACAAAACCAGACACAGGGCAGCAGAGUACAGGGCAACUUGAGUGGGGAAUCUCAGUCAACAGAAGCCAAUGAGGAACACUACCUGACUUCCAUAAAUGCAUCUGCCUGCCCAUCACUUCCAAUUUGGACUAGUACUUUACUUGCAGUCUUAAGCAUCCCACCUUCAACUGCCUCUUCUUUUGAGAAUCCCAGUGAUUCCUUUACUAAAGGUGGAGGGAUCUCUGCACUGACAUUUUUUUUGUUUGUUUUGAGAAAACAGAAUCAUAACAGCAAGAGUCUAAAGGAGUUCAGUGGUUACCUAGUCCCUCCUCCCUCUAUACUUCUACUGACAGCUUCUUUUUAAACAUUGCAAGAGAUGGGAAACAUUUUUAGAAGCAUCUUGUCUUUCAAAAAUUACACCUUUUUAAUGUGUUUGAGAGUGGCCCUUGAAUUUUAUACAAAGAAUACAAAUUUUUGGAAGGUAGAAUAGGGGGCAGGAGCUACCAAAUUGAAGUUAAAGCCAAUGUAAAUUGAUUUGGAGAACACAGAGACCCUAUUGCAGGUGGUAGAUGUUCCACUGUUCCCACAGUGCUAACUAUGUUGCUGUUCUUCUAAAAUCACUACAUCUUUUUAGGCAGUUUAUGGCUUCUGUUCCUAAACUUAGUUGUACCUCAAAAGGUUUCAGAGCAGGAAACAGAGUCCUGGGAAGCUCAUGAAAAUACUGAGGCUUCAUCCUAAAUGUACCAAAAUCUUCUUAGUGAUAACAUCUGGAAAUCUAUAUAUAUUUUUAAAAGUUUCUUCAGGUGAUUUUGAUACUCUACUAGAUAAAUCAACACAAGAAGAAUCAGAGCCAGUGGAGGUUUUCUACAAAUGUACCCUUCAUCUGAUGACAAUAAUAUCCAGGGCUGAAGCACACACUGAAUCUGAAUGCUUUUCAGAUUCCCUUUAUGCUGAAAAAGAUUCUAGGAUAUACAUUUCAAGCUCUCAACAUCUCAAUUUACAGCUUUAGCUCACUAAAACUCAGUGUAGUAUAGGAAAAAACACUGAAGCAGGAUUCAGAAGACAUGGAUUCUAGUCUCCAUUCUGAAGAAUAUCAAUGCUGUGUGCCACUGGUAUAGCAUUUAGGCUCGCCAGGCAAUCGCCUCUCGGUAAUUAACACCUGCUGUGCUUAGUGUGAUCAUCAACCAAGACAAGAGAUGUAACUGUGUUAAACAAGAGUUAUCCUUUUUCCUGCUUUGUCCUAGCUUUCAAAACCUGCUGUGCCCCAGCACUUUUCUAUGUUUCUCUAUUCCAGAUGUUGGAGAAGUUGCUAGCAAAGGUAAUGAGAAAUUUCUUUUCCUAUUACAGUUUAGGAAAGAAAUUCAAGGUUUAACCUAUAUUACUAAUCCAGAUCUAUACUGAACUGAUGGACUCAUGAAGAGUGCAAGAAAGUGCAGUUCUGGCUGCCAGCAAAGGCAGUGCAGCUACUGUUUAUUUGGGAUUAUGGAACAAGGUAUAAAUAAAAGUCAAUAAUAAGAUGGCUUAUUUUAGCCCUAAAAUAUUUUUGCUGUCUCC